AACUGCAAUUAGCGUCAGACAAAAUACGUAUAUAUUGUUGAUUAUUUUACAGAGAACACACAAACUUUCUACAUCUAUCAUAUUUAUGUUCGUACAUUUAUCGAGACUCAUAUUCGCAAACAGAUGUUGUGGUAGAAUGUUCUCUGGUGUUGCAGGUAGUAUCGCAGACGCGCUUCCAGCUCUUCUCCUCAUUCACGGCGAUUCCUAUUCCUGGGGUGCCGGAAAUUCAUUCGACGGAACCGCCCUGGCUGCUCACGGACGUCUCAUUGUCGUCUCCAUCAAUUUUCGUCUCGGUGUGCUUGGCUUCCUGAAAACCGGAUCGAAGGGAAGCGCGCAAGGCAAUUACGGAUUGAUGGAUUUGGUGGCGGGACUUCACUGGCUGCGCGAGAAUCUCGGCGCUUUCGGGGGCGAUCCUGAGCAACUAGCGUUGCUGGGCCACGGCACCGGGGCGGCUCUCGCUAAUUUUUUAGCCGUCUCCCCUAUGGCGAAAGAGUUGAUCAGCAGGGUGAUUUUGCUUGGAGGUUCGGCUCUAUCGCCAUGGGCGGUUCAGCGAGAACCGCUAAUGGUGAAGCGCCGAGUCGCCGAAGAGAUCGGAUGUCCCGGCGAUAUCGAAGCCGACGAUAUCGCAUCGUGCCUUCGUUUAAAGAGCGUGGAAGACCUACUGGCGGUGCAGCUGGAUCCGCCGAGAUUCACCUCCGGAUUUGCACCCUUUAUCGACGGGGCCGUUCUACCACCCACUGUCAAUCAGAACUUUCAGCCCACUGCCUCUUCUUCGGGAAUAAUGCCGAUCGUUCCCGGACCCGGCACCGAAUUCGCGGACUUUGGCAAUCGUGAUUUACUCUUUGGUUUAACGUCCGAGGAAGCCUGGGUAAAUUUCACCGAGGAAGAUUUACAGAAAGGCUUCAACGAAACUAGGAGGGAUCGUAUAUUGCGCACCUACGUCCGGAACACCUAUCGGUUUCAUCUGCAUGAAAUCUAUUCGACUCUUCGGAACGAGUACACCGAUUGGGAGCGAGGCGAGCAGAGUUACGUGGCGAUCUGCGAGGGCCUCUUAUCUCUCCUCGGAGACGGUCAAGUUGCCGCGCCGCUCCUUAAACUGGCUCUGCUUCACUCCACCUCGGAGGGACGGGGCUACUUCCUGCACUUCCAGCCUGGCGAACGACCGAGCCAGAAGGGCGAGGAAGUGCCCUACCUCCUGGGUAUGCCUCUUCUCCGUGGGGAAGUCACGUCCGCGCUGCCUGCUCUCAACUACACCUUCGCCGACGAGAAUCUGUCCAAGCUACUCGUGCAUUACUUGGCUAACUUUGUGAGACGCGGGGAUCCAAAUGGCGUGAGUCCGUUGACCUCGGGAUUGGAGAACGGUUUGACGUCGAGUCCGCCGUUCUGGGAUUCGUACGACUCUAUAAACCAGUUAUACCUGGAAGCCGGCCACAGCACGGAGAUGCGUUCGCAUUACAGGGGCCACAAGAUGUCCCUUUGGCUGAACCUGCUGCCGCAGCUGCAUCGGCCGGCUUUCGACACCAGCUUUCGGCACCACCAUCUCUCGGACAACGCCAAUCUUUACGAAGGUGCGGUGCGUCCGCAGAGCGCGGCCGUACCCUUACCGGCGCCUCCACUACCCAUGCCAUCUCCUACGGAACCGUCCUCGAUCCUCACCAUGCUGUCGACCACGGAAUGCACCCCGAACGCGACCGUCGCGACCACCAUCACCCCUACAACCUCGCGAACGUUGCAGCACUCGAAUCUGGGCCCGGGUCCCAAUAAUCUCCUCCGCAAACUGGCGUCCAGCCACUAUCAGAGCUACACCACCGCCCUCACGGUCACCAUCGCGGUCGGUGUGUUUCUGCUGUUGCUCAACAUCCUGAUCUUCGCGGGGAUCUAUCAUCAGCGCGAUCGGAACGCGUCCGGCGGCGGCGCCUUCGGCAACAAGAAGAAGGAGGAGUUGCUGGAGGCCGGUUGUUCCGGGAUCAACGUGACGGGGAAGCAGCGACUGCCGCCUACCAUGAAUCUGAUGGACUCGUCGUCGUCGAUGCUGCCGCAUAAGGCGAAACUCGUGCAGGAGCUCGAGCUGCAGCUCCAAGAAUUCCAGUGCUCGCCUCCGCCCGGUGGCGGUAAGCGAAUCCUGGAGCCGCCAUCUUACAGCAAGAGCUCCUGCAUCCAGCGUACUCGGACUCCGUCGCCCUGCGUGGACGCGACCAUCGCCCGGAUGGACGAGGUCAGCGGCGGCGAGGUCGGCGGUGUUCGCCACCACCAUGACAGCGAGGACGAGAACGAGGAACUUCCGGAACCGCCACCGCCGCCCAAAGCUCCGGCGCCCAACGUCAACCUCACGUGCCCCGGGAUUCUUCGGCAGCCUGGGACACCCGGUAGCGCGAAGAAGCGCGUGCAGAUUCAAGAGAUCUCCGUGUGAUAGACGGGAAGUAAAGGAGGAGAUAAGGGUGAAGAGCAAGAGGGAGGAUUUCAGUCUCUUGAGAACUUUGAUGUUGAAGAGUGGGCGGUUUGCCGAGAACGUGAGAGUGCAACGAGAGAGAGAGAGAGAGAAAGGCGAUGUCGAUCGAGAUCAAGUGUAGCGAGGAGCGUCUUUGAACUCGGAUUAUAAUCGGAUAUUCGAGGCGCGAGAAGAUACGCUCUCUCAGUCACUGUCGAAGCGAAUUUCGUUUCUAUAUAAUGAAAUUUUACCGUUUUCCUGGAUUACUUUCGCGUUCGAAAAUGAAUAGAGCGCGUAUUCUCGUUGCAAUCAUCGGUUGAUUUAUUAUUUAUUGCGAGAUGAAAAACGCGAAUUGCUUUAACGCUUUUUUUGUUGUUUGCGAAAAUAAUUCUCUUCUCGAUAUCUGUUCUUGUUCUGAAAAAUAUUCUAGACCACUGAUUCUUAGAAAUGGAUUUGGCUUAAAAUCGACGAUCAAACUUAAUAUUAAUUCGCGCGUUCUUCGCUACGAGUGAUACGACGUGACAUCCUGAAGAAAAGGUGAAACAUAAUUUUUACUAGCUGUAAACGUCGUACAAUGUGUCGUGUGCAAGUGUUAGGAAGUGUGUUUUCGAGAGGAGUUUCUUACUGAGGCUUUCGGGUUGUGAUUCGCAUCCUGCAUCACGAUUCGGUGAAUGCAAAUACUACGAAACAGACAGGAGAUUCGUAGUGAUCCCUUCCGAGACGUGAAUCUUCGUCCGUCCAUCAAGGACGGUAACGUCUGACACUUGAAAUUCACGGACCGGCCGACACUCGUUUAUCGACUCUUCAGCUGGAUCCGAUCCGGUGGUUGUUUUAAUGUAAAACGGGGGAUUGAUGUAAUCUCAGGAAUAAAAAAAAUAUGCAAAGGACAUUACAUACAUCUCGCGGCAAGGUAUAUACGGUACCUGUCGUGGUGCUAAUUCGGGCUAAUUCGGUCCGCAUCUGCCAUAACACUAAAUGGAAUUAAUCGAGGAAUUGGUAGUCUUGGACUUUGACUUUUAGAUUCGUAAAAACGACGAGGAUGACUAGCUAUUAAUAUGUAUGUGUGUGAAGAAAGACGUGACAGAACGACGGAGAGAGAAAAAAAAGAGUAAGAAAAAGAGGAUAGAAAAGAAAAUGAAUUCUGUAAAAUGAGAUGACUCUCGCUGGUGUAAUGGGGCGUAUGUUUGUGUGCGAGGGUGUAUGUAAUCUUAUACAAGGAAUUAGAGACACGUAUGAGAUGAGAUAGGUCUAAACGGUUUAAUGGCAGCGGGAAAGUAUUCGAGAGGAUGCAGGUGACUCUCCGCUAUUUGUUUGAAUAAUUGUCGCUGUUUAUAACGUAAAGUUGCAUUCGCCAAGAAAAAUUUGAUACACAAAGUUUUAGCAUUUUAUUAAAAAGACUGUAUAUCUGCGUUAUACGUUAUACACUCGAGUAUCUUUAUAACGUAUACAUUUGUCAGAAUGUAUUGCGGUAUGAGUUUUCUCUAACUUUAAUAUUCACCUGGGGGGCUGGAAAGAGAAAGAGAAAGUUGCACUGUUUGAGAAAGUUAUAAAUUUCCCACAACUUUUUGACGACUGUUAUAAAAGAGAAGUGUUUAGAUAAAGAGUUCCUACUUUUGACCAAUCGGAGAUUGUCUUGUAAUAUAAUGCUAUGAAUUACUCUAGUAGUGGAGAAACUUAUUUGUUUCAAGUUGAUUUAUUUCAUCUUAUAAUUCGUAUUUAAAUUUUUACUUGUGCUUGAAUUUAUUUUUCAAAAUCUUUCUAUUUUAAUAACUUUCAUAAAGAUUCUACAAUAGAUUUUUCCAAAUUAAAAUUAUUAUUCUUUUUUUUCGUAAAAAUACUGUUUAACUUUAUCAGCCCUUAUUAAUAAUAAUGGAAUUAGUGUAGGUAAGUUAAAGUUUCAAUUCCUUUGAGAGUCACCUGUACAUUGUAAAUUUCAAUAUUGGAAAUUAAUAAUUCAAAAGCGAAAAAUAUUCGGGUUUAUAUAUUCUAAUUUAUAUUUUUUUUCUGGGGUGCUUAGACGUGUCGAAUUGGUUACUAUAAUAAUAAUAAUGAUAAUAUUAAUAAUAAUAUAUAUACAUAUAUACAAUGUUAUUAGUUUGAAUUUAAUUAUUUUAUAUUUUGCUUAUCUUUCUAAACUCUUAAACAGAUUAGAAAAGAGACAUUUAGAGUCAAAUUUCUAAGCGGUACUUUAAAGAUACUAUUAGAUAUAAUAUCGUUGCGAGAUUUCUCAGAGGUUCUAUUAUUAAAGUACUAUAUAAAACUGAAGAGACACACAUUUUGUAUGCAAAAUAAGAUACGAACUUGUUGGACUUAGGCAGAUUUUGAUUUUAGUUUGUCACGUUACGCAUGCCACGCAAUGGAACGCACAACACUUCUUGACGGAAUGUAAUCGAAAACCGGAAAACAAGAAUCGACUCGCGACUCAAAAGUCGAAAGAUAUGUCGCAUAAAGCAUCGAAUAGAGAGAAGACGAGCGUCAUAUCGUCGUAAGCACCCCUGUAAGAAACUUUUCGAGAAAAUGAGGAAGAGAAAUCGCGAGUGGGGCCACACACCGUAAGUAACCUAACUCCUAAUUAACUUAGUCACGGGGAAACUUGCCAUAAUUAAUUCGAUUGCACUUCGCGUGCGUUAUCGUUUAGCGGUGAGACGCUGACGAUGUUAAGGUAUGUGUGUAUGUUGCGUAUAUAAAGAUAUAAUUGAGAGAGAGAGAGAGAGAUCGAGUAUCGAACGCGCUGUAAUAAAUCGCGAGGAACCUCGUUUUGCUGAUCGAUCCGAGAAGCGCUACGUAAACAGACAGCUGUUCGUCGAAUUUGGAUACGAUCGUUAAAUUAGCUUCAUUUGCAUCGUACCUCCCCGUGGAGAGGGUUAAGUUUCAUUGUCAUUUGCGCGUCAGGCAAAGGUGAUGAUCGAGCCUUGUCAAAAGCUGUUUACUACCGCCGUUCCUUUCGUUUGCAAAUUCUUCAAUCGAUUGGAAAUCGAUUCUUUCUCGAUGGAAACGUUCAAAUUCAAGCCAUCGUUGAAUUUUCAGUGUGCGAAAAGGGAUGUGAUUUUUUCUUUUUUUUGGAGAACCAAAGUGCUAAUUAACAAAACUGCUAAUGACAAAGAAAACCUCUCUCUUAUCUUUCAGGAUAUUUACAAAAUUAUAUAAAAAGAGGAUUUUAAGACAUUCAAUUAAGUUCUAAGAGAAAGCAAUUUAAUUAGAGGAUCCGUAGAUGAAAGAAGUGGCGGUACUUUUGUGACAGUGGGUAUACAUACAGAAUUAACAAGAGAAAAAGAAAGAAAGAAAGAAAAUACUAUGGACAUAAUACAGAUAGCCUAAGGGAUAUCCGACUAUGCUGCCAUGAUCUGUAUUAUGUCUAUGGGGAAUGCGCAAAACACAAAAACGCACCCACACGUAUAUACAUCUAUCAAUGUUUGGAAUGUUGGGAUUUGUUUAAAUAAAUACUUAAAAGAUUAAAAGCGUAAA